AUGAAAGACGAGUUUGGACAUCCUGCUGUCACGGAGGAUGAUCUCCAAUACAUGAUAGAAGGCUGUCCCUGGACGGAGGUCUCGUGGGAGAAACUGGCCGUGGCUCGCCUGCAGAGAGAAGUCGCACGAAGCAAGAGUGAAGGAACAAUGCGAGAAAAGCUGAUGCAGGAGCUGGAGGCCGAGCGGGGACUGAGACUGGAGAGCGAGCGGAGGCUGCGGGAGGUGGCAGAGGAGUCCGAGCUGGGCCGCACACAGAUGGUGGCCCUGCAGCAGCACUUCUCCAGGAUGGAAGAGACGGUGCGUACGCUACUCCAGAGCCAGGGGGCGCUAGAGCACACUGCAGUGGACACUGUGGACCUCAUGAAGGCCUACAAGGAUAAACUGUCGGAGGAGGUGCGGAAACAGCGAGAGAGCCUGGAGAGGCCCGGGCCCCUGCUCGGGGAGAUGGGUGAGCUGGGCAAGGCGGACAAGGUGGGCCAGGCGGGUGAGGCAGAGCUACAGUACGACUGCAGCGGAGCCGAAGGGGACAGAGACAAAGAGACCAAGCUCCUCCUGGAGAGGCUGCGGGCCCUGGAGGCAGAGAACUCGGCGCUGGCAAUGGAGAACGAGAGCCAGAGGGAACAGUAUGAGCGCUGUCUGGAUGAGGUUGCCAAUCAGGUUGUGCAGGCUCUGCUAACGCAAAAGGACCUGAGGGAAGAAUGCCUGAAGUUACGGACCCGCGUGUUUGACCUGGAACAGCAGAACCGGACAUUGAGCGUCCUCUUCCAGCAGCGGGUCCGACCCGCCUCCGACCUGCUCCUCCAGAAGCUGCACUCGAAGAUCAUGGGUCUGUCGGCGGGAGACUCCCCUCUGGAGCCGGACCGAAGUAAAAGCUACCUGCUGUCACGGAACACCGACUCGCCGCCACACGAUUCCCAUCUCAACGGGAAGGCGGGACUUCCUGUGGUGAAGUGUCCGAGCCAGCUGAGUUUGACAGUGCCGGUGGCAGCUUACCCCCGAAGCAGCUGCAGCAGUAGUGAGCUGUCAAUCUCCAGUGCAUGCAGCGAGUACUCCAACAGCUCCUACACCUGGAACGAGGGAAAGCCGUCUUCCCUGAACUGGGAGAAGAGGGUGAGCCUGGGCUCUUCGGCUCCCGGCAACAUUUGUGCACUCCAGGAGGAGCAGCCCCCGACCCGAAGGAAGGAAUGCCACAUCCUGGAGGGGCUGAAAAGACUCCAGAGACGCAGGCCCAAGGAAUCACCCUCCCUCAUCUCCAUGUCGGGAUACAAGGACUGUAUGAACUCCAACGAAGGCAUCUACUCCCUGAGUCUCAAGUGCGGGGGCCUGGGGGUGCUCAAACCCUCAGCGAUGGACAAGCAGGCUGGGCCGGGGGCAGGGCGCAGGAAGUUCACCUACGACUCGGACGACGCUGAUGACGAAUCAUCACGAGCUGCCGGAGGGGACCACUGGGCCUACUCUAAGAGGCUGACUCACAGCCUGUCUGACAGCCUCUGCAGCUGGGAUGGGGGCCAGGGUAGCGAAGCAGGGGGUGGAGACGGGGCCAAGCCCCCUGCCACCACCUCCUAUGACUCCAAGGAGCAGCCGGAGAAGCUUGCUCCCAGCAUUCUCAGCGGCUUCCUCCCUGGCGGGAGGACCCGUGCCACACUCAACCCAUCCUUGCUGCCCUUCGAGGUCAGCUCUUCUGUGGCCGACCGCAUCCUGCUCCGCCUCUCAGACACGGACGAGGCAGAGGACCUGCCGGCAGAGGGCGGUGAUGGCGAGCAGCCAGAGAGGGACACCAGGGAGCUGUGCAGGGAGUCUAACAUGCCCACAGACCCACCGUGUGAAAGGAGGAAUCACAGUAGGGCUCAUUCGGCUGACAGCAGACUCAGACCCCUCAGCCUCCUCCAGCAACAGAAGGUGACCAAAAGCGCACAGUCAGACGAGUGCAUUGCCGCCAUCUUUGACACGGGUGGGGAGCCUAUUGAUCUCAAUUCUCAGUGCGAGACUCCAGGGAGCCUGGCACAUGUACCCGCUGCUGAGUACACGGAGCUGAUUCCUCAAGGAGGGCCCAGCUGUCAGAGUGGGGGCAGCACAAGGAACUACUCUAUUUUAGAGUCCCCGGGAAAGGCUGUCGAGCUCCAGUCCUGCAACAUGGGGAGCAAGCCCAGGGUCAUCUCUCCUGAGGGACCCCCUGGUAGCUCGGAACACCUGCAGCCUCAUGUUCGGCCACAGAAACUGAUAAAGCCCCCCUACAACCGUGCCCACAAGGUCCACUCUGUCCCCCCCAUGCACUGUGCUUCCAGUCCCAAGGCCAACCUCAGUAAGAUCCCCAGCCGAGGCAAGGGUUCGCCGUUGAAGGUGGCAAAGGGCCCUGCCACCGAUAUGGGUACUAGCAGUGGCGGGACCCCAGCUUCCUCAGGCCAGGAGCAGUCUCCAUCCUCUCCCCCAGUCAAGCUGUCCAGGUUCAUCAAACCCUCCGGGAGUGGGGGAAGCUCCCAGAGCCCCAAAGUGGUUCAAGCAGGCUCCAGGCUCCCUUGUAGGACUGACUGGGGGAAAAGCCCAUCAUCCUCCAGUAUCCAGGGCUCCCCUCUCCUACCCAGGAGGCAUCUGGAGCAUGUGGACUAUGGGGAGCAGCCCACCCGAGAUGGGCAGCAAGCCGAGCACAGGUCCCCCUCCCCACCACCUCCUCCCGGGAGAACCACCUCCCUGCUUAUCAGACCAAACUACGACAGCUCACCUCAAGCAUCGAAGGCCGGAGCUCAUGCCCCCACAGCCAGCACUGUGAGGGGACACCUCCCAAUCUCUCAAACACACCCCCAUCACUUGCCGGCCUCGCUUAACGAUGCCAUCCUAGACGCCAGCCAUAGCUCUGAGGCCACCCCUCAGAAACCGGCUGAAGCUGCAGGUCACCACUUGCAGAAGUCCUCAGCUUCAUCUCAGACCCCCACGAGAGGCUCACCAAAACGAGUGCCCAACAAACUCUUCCACCCUUCCUCGGCUGCAGGGCACACUGCAGACCCCCACGAGUUGGUGGGCAAAGGUUCGAGGAACAUCCUGCAGAAGGGCUCGUCCCUGCAGAGCACGUUUAGCAGUAAGAGAGGACAGCCCGAGCAGGAGAACAGCCACCCAGCGCUGCACAAGACCUCAAGCAGCUUGCCCAUGUCCCUCCAGAGCCAUGCACCAUGCACAAUGGAGCCCCAGGCACCAGCAACACAGGCACCCCUCAACCCCGCUGGCUUAGGAACCAGCCCCCAGAAUUCGGCAGAGAGAGCUGCAAAGACUCGUAUUCCGAUGGGAUUCAAGGCCCUGGUCAAGUCCCCACCUUCCCUGAGCUCUCCUGCACCGGUGAAGCAGGAGAAAGACCACAUAAAUGUAGCCUGUAAAGGGGCAGCCACGGCCAGCACUCCUGACCCACGUGGUGGAACGCAGGCACCGUUCAGUUUUGAUGCAGCCCCAGGUUCCAAACCUGAAGCAAGGGCCAAAAUCCGCUCAUGCUCCAUGGAUGCAGAACUGCCGUCCCAGGCGCCAAGCGAAAACCAGGUGACUUGUGAACGGGCAGAUGGGGAGAGCAGGUUGUUCAAGCGGUCCAUCUCAGUCACAACUAAGCCCCACUUAAAGCCUGCGCUGGGGAUGAACGGGGCCAAAGCACGCAGCCAGAGCUUCAGCAGCAACUACAUGGAGAGGCCCAGCCUUGGAGUGUCGGACGGUCCAGGAAAAAUCCGCACUCAGAUCAUUACCAACACGGGUGAGAGGGGGAAUUCCCUCACCAGGCAGAGCUCACUGGGCGAUGGCUUCCAGCUCAAGUCAGCCACUAGCCCAGGGGAGAACCCACCCUUCUGCUCCUAUAACCGACUGGCUCCACAGGGGGCUGUGACCAGCUCCAGUAGCCACCAAGGCCUCCCUGGCAAAGGGGCCUUGAAAGCCGCUCCAAAGGUCGACACAGCCCGCAGCGUGUCCAAAGGCGAAGGAAGUGCAUCGACACCCCAGAAGGAGGUCCGGAGCCUGCCUCUUGUUGACAGGUUUAGCCUCAAAAACCCCCGACAACUGACUAAAGUGGCGCCCCACCUUCACUCCGAGCUGCCGUCCUCUCCCGUCCCCAGCCCUGACUCACCAGCGGACGGCACUGGGAGCAAAUUUGCUUGUCCUAGCAAACUUGACCUAAUCAAAAAUGGACUGAAACAGGUCCAGGGCAAAGGGCAGGAGGAAGCUGAGAAACCUGCCAGCCCCUCAGCCUGCACCAUUGAGGAGAAAGUUAUGAUGGGAAUCCAGGAGAAUGUGCAGAGAGGCCAGGGGCAGGACAGGGCCCAGGCGUCUGAGGCCAAGCAGAAGACUGCUCCAUCACUGGCUAACUGGUUUGGCCUCAGGAAGAGCAAGCUCCCGGCUCUGGGGGGCAAGAAGACCGAUGCUCCUAAAGGAAAAGAGGAGAAGAAGGAGCUCAAGAUCGGAUCAGUGCUGGGAGGCAAACAGCUGAAGCCUGACAAAAAGAAGGAGAAGAAAAAAAAUGAAAUGCAGCGCAAAGAUAGUCAAGAGCAAGCCACAACGGAGGGCUGUGAUAAGCUUGGCUCAAUAAUGGAUCACUGCAAUGUUCAGGUGGGACAGCUUACAAAUCAGAUCCAGCAUUCUACAUCCUACAUCGGAAAAGAUGGAUUUAUGAAGGAGCUUCUGAAUAGGAGUGUGGCGAAGGGCGACUCCCAUAGUGCACCUCUUCCCGGCAUCCCCACUGGUACCCAAGGCACCCCCAGGAAUAACACUGCAACAGCAGGAGAUUCAGAGGCUCAUACUGAUAAUGUGACAAAGAUUGUCACCCAGAAGUUCCACCUCAGGGCAGAGAAUGAAGAAGACCCCACGCCUGAACCCACCUGUCAAGAUCACAUGAUUGGCUCCACCUGCCAGAUGCGAACACUGGACAGCGGCAUCGGGACCUUCCCCCUCCCUGACUCUGUCGCCCGGGCAACCGGACGGCACCUCCCCAAAUCUGCAUCAACCCCCGAACAAGCCCUCACCGAAACCCUCCAAGACCUCCCCUCGACCCUCCUGCCAAAAUGGAAAGUGCCUUCUCGUUCUGACACCUGCCAGCGCGCCCAUAGUGGCAUCACCCAGUCCCUCUCUGACCCCACCAUGACCGGCAGGGAACUAUCAGACCUGCAGAGCAGGCUGCCCAAACCAACCCCUUCAGGCGGAAUGAAUAGCAAAAAGCCAACACACACUGACCUCCACAUGAGCCCAGUGCAGAUGCUUGGGGUCCACGAAAACACGGUCAAUAAGAGGAGGAGCAGCAGAGACCAUGCCUUGGCCUCGGACCGGGCGCUCCGGGUGUGCACGUACUCCGGCAGCAGCAGUGGCAGCGAGGUGGAAACUGAGCCUGAGACUGAGGCAACCGUCAAACGCCCCUGUUGCCACACUCCACCCCUCAAAAGCAGGAGCAGCAAGCCAGCUGACCAGGAAAUGGUGAAGAGGAGCAGCAUGGGAAACCGGCUGUCAAUCAUGGACUUCUACCAACAGGAAGUGCUGGCGCACUACGAGAAGGAGGAGCACAGGAGCAGCAGACAGUGUAGCUCUCCGGGCAAGGAGGGCAGGACUGGAGACCUCCAGAGUAAAUGCAAUGACCUGGAUGAGACAACGGGCGAGAGGAAGAAGCUGGGCUUUUCCGGUGUUUCCUUAGAGUCCCUCAACAUGCUAAACAGCAACGGGGGGGCACUCCCCGAGAGUGAGCGGAAGAAGGGCGCAAACAGGCCCCCCAGGGACAGGGAGGAGCUGGGCCGGAGUGAUGAGCCCUCAUCCAGCUGCUCUGACAAGCCGGGUGGGGACAACCUGGGUUCCCUGAGCGACUCGCUCUAUGACAGCUUCUCGUCCUGCACCAGCCAGGGCUCCAACGAGGUGUAGAGGCCGUCAGGUUCCCAUCUGCCAAGGAAGCACUUAAAGAAAAAAAUGGAGGAAACAAGGAGAUCCCAGCAGCAGAGAAUCAUGCUGGGGAAAAAUAACUGACCAACUAACCAGUUCAUGGAAAAAGGACAGCAAUACGCAGAAUCUGCAGCUGUACUGAGUUUUUAAAAUCUUUUUUAAUUGAUCCCAUUCAGGGAUUCUUUAUCAUUGCACUGUAACAAAUACUGUACAAAGUUUUCUAGGAAUUUUAAGUGAAAAUAUAUUUGUAGCAACUACAAACAACAAAGAACAGAAAGCAAUAGA